AGAUCCUGAUUACAAAAUGGACGCCAGCUUUUUUGUCAGCUCUAGUUUGUGUUUACCAAUUAAUUACGACUUUGAAUUGUGUUUACUUAAUUUAUGCGUGCAUAAGCACCACCAAUUAGCGAAAACAAGAAACCCAUUAUAUUGAAUUGUCAAUUUCCGGCGCGCUGCAAGUGCCGUUAAUUGCACUUAGCAUGCCGCGGGGAAAUUCCGGCGCACGAAGAAACAGCUUCAUUGCGUGUCCACAAGACGAGGACCUCCGCCAAAACGCCAAAAAAGAAAGAACCCGAAAAGAUCGAGACACCUACAGCAUGAAUUUAUGGCCAGGCGAUAAGCGCCGGCCAGGAGGAAAAUCUGCCUGGUGCCCAAAAUUGGACAAGGAACGUGUGCGUCGGACGAGCGGAGAAUUUAGUAGCUGUCAAAGGCAUCAGCUGUGGCCCCUGGAAACACCUACGAAGCCACGAGACACCGAUGCCUGGCAAAUCCCAAGUCGAAGCCAAGUCGGAGCGAACCCAAGGCCAAAGUCGGAGCAAAAGUUGAGGCGUCGGCGCACGCAAGGAGUGAGCCACAGUUCAAAAUUCUUCUGUUAUCUGAGAGCAAAUAUUUAAGGAAAAUCAAAUGUGUGGAUAAAACAAAUUAAAAAAUAUUUUCGACUACAAAGGUAAGUGAACCGCUAUUAAAAGCACUUGAAUUAUUUAUUUUGAACUCAAUGGGGAUUGGGAAAUUCUGUAAUCAAUCGACCCAAGGUUGUUCUCAAAGCAGAUUGUUCAAAGUAGAAGGAGAUUUCUUGCCGAUCACUGUUUCUGAAUUUCUUACUUGUCAUUGCGCAUAAUACGUGUGUGUGGUAAAAGUUAAUAAAC